AUGGUUAAUGAUAGUGAUGCUCAUGAGGUUUAUAAAUAUGUUGUUGAGGUUGACUUCAUGGUACACAUAUAUGUUGAGCAUAAUGUUAAAGGCAUGGAUGAAGUUAAUGUUGAAGAAGAUGUAUUAGUUGAUGUUAGAAAUAAUGAUGAAGAAGAUGAAGUAACUCAUGUUAGAAAUAAUGUUGAAGAAGAUGAAGCAGUUCAUGUUGGAAAUAAUGUUGAAGAAGAUGAAGUAGCUCAUGAUGGAAAUAAUGUUGAAGAAGAAGAAGUAGCUCAUGAUGUUGAAGAAGAAGAUUAA